AUGGAUCUCAUACCUCAGCGAGUCUUUGCGCUCGCGGCUGAGGCGCGAUUGCGGUCCCAGACCUUGCUGGCGACUGCUCAGAGCCAUGCAGAACUGCCCUGGAUCAACGACGUGACCCAGAUCGCCGACUCGGGAUACCUUCAAGCCCUCGUCCUCGUCAUCUCUGUGCUCUGGACUGCCUCACGCCUCAUCCAGCGCCGCAACAAGCCCUCAUCAUCAUCUCAACCCACCACAACAACCAAUGCCCGCGCCGCCAGCAUCAGGUGGCCAUGGGAACUCCUCGCUCAGCUCUUGCGCGCCUCUACCCUAGCCUUCCUCGCCCUCGCGGCCACCCGCGGCCAGACACCCUGGCUCAACGCCGUCGUCGCCGCCUACGCCCUCGUCCUCGGCCUAUCGAGGCUCGUCAACGACCUCGAGUGGCGGCACGUCGCCCUGCACCAGGUCAACUUUGCCCUCGGCCUCGAGCUCCUCAUCUUCGCUGCAUCCUCCGCCCUGCCCUGCAUCGAAGUCUCGUCUGAGUGCGCCCUCGUGGCGGUGCCGGUGAAGGGUAGCCUCGCAAGCUUGGCCGCCGCCGUGGUCCUCUCCGUCAUCACACCCAGGGAAUGGGUGCCCCCCUCCCUCGCAAACGACGUGCUCAUGCCCGAGGACUACGAGAAGCGCGGGCCCGCGCCCGAGGAGACGUGCAGCUGGGCAAACUACUACCUCACGUUCGAGUGGCUCACGCCCGUCAUGUGGAAGGGCGCCCGCACCGGCGAGGUCGUCCUCGAGGACCUUCCCCAGCUGCCCUGGUACGACGAGCCGCUGCUGCUUCUCGCGCGGAUCAAGAAGGCGAGGGCCAGGGGCGUCACGACGACGUGGACGCUCUUUUACCUGCUGCGCAAGGAGGUCAACCUCAUGGCCUUUUACAUCUCCUCGGCCUACGCCUCGGAGCUCGUCGCCCCCUAUGGCCUGUACCACCUCCUGGGCUACCUCGCGGAACCCCAUGGCGCGUCCGUCAAGCCCUGGCUCUGGCUCGUGCUCAUGUUUUGCGGCCCGCUGUCGCGCUCCGUCCUGUUCCAGCAGUACGUCUUCACUUCGACCCGUCUAGUCGUCCGUCUGCGAUCCGCCUUGACGCAGGAGCUGUACCACCGCGCCAUGGGGUCCAUGGAGCUCGAGGAGGACAUUUUCGCGCCCAAGCCCGACGGCGCUGGGGACAAGAGCAACAAGGACAAGGAUAAGAAGAAGAACAAGAAGGAUGAGGAGGCCGGUCGGUCCACGACGUCGGCCGGGCGCCUGGCGAACCUCAUGGCGGCUGACGUGCAGGCCAUUUUUGGCGCGCGCGACGUCGUCAUGGCCGGGACAGGUGUGCCCGUGGGCACCAUUCUCUCCGUCAUCGGUCUGUACAGGAUGCUCGGAUGGCCUGCCCUCGUGGGCACGCUGAUCCUCCUCCUCGCCGCGCCCGUGUCCGUCACCAUCUCGCGGCUCAUGGGCCGGCUGACGCGCAAAGCUCGGCGCGCGCAGGACUCCCGCAUCUCGCUCGUCUCCGAGUACCUCGCCUCUAUCCGCGCCGUCAAGUACUUCGCGUGGGAGGACGCCAUCAUCGAGACCAUCGAGGACGCGCGCGCCAACGAGCAGCGCGACCUCUGGCGCGUGUCGCUGUCGUUCGUCAUGCUCAACCAGAUCAGCGCCCUUGUGCCCUACAUCUCCAUGAUUACAAUGUUCUCCCUCUACGUCGGCGUCUGCGGGCAGCCAAUGACGGCCGCCACGGCCUUCACGACGACGUACCUCGUCAAGCAGAUCCGCCGCAACGUCGGCCAGGUCGCCUUCAUGUCGCGCCAGAUCACCGGCGCCGCCAUCGCCAUUAGCCGCCUCGACAGGUACUUCGCCACCACGACGCCGCUCGACGAGUACCCCGAGGGCCCCCUCCGCGUCCAGGACGCCACCUUCCGACGCAACAAGACAGCCUCCUUCCAGCUCAAAGACCUCUCUAUCGACUUUGCCCAGGGCGGGCUCAACGUUGUUUCGGGCGUCAGCGGCAGCGGUAAGACGACGCUGCUGCUCGCGAUCCUGGGUGAGACGGUCAAGGAGGGCGGUACCAUUACACGGCCCAAGGACGUCGCUUUCGCGUCGCAGACGUCGUGGCUGCAAAACGACACUAUCAAGGAGAACAUCCUCUUCAACAGCCCCCUCGAGCCCGUGCGCUACGACGCCGUCGUCAACGCCUGUUGUCUCCCUGUCGACCUGCGGGAGCUGGACGCCGGCGACCAGACCGUCGUCGGCGAGAACGGCGCGUCUCUUUCCGGUGGCCAGAAGGCGCGCGUCGCGCUGGCUAGGGCGCUGUACUCCAAGGCGCCCCUGUUGCUCCUCGACGACAUCUUUUCGGCGCUCGACGCCAAGACGGCGGCCUCGCUUUGGGAGCGGUGCUUCUGCUCUGAUCUGUUGAAGGGGCGUACCGUGGUCUUGCCUUGGGUUGCGGCUCAGGCCGACGUCGCCGACGGUGCCGUCAAGCACAAUAUCGGCGUCGUCAGGCACACGGUUGCUGUCGCCAAGGAUAUUGAAGGUGAGAGCAGCACUGAAGUCUCCGACAACUCGGAUACCGAAACGGAUCCGCUCAACGACACCAGAAAGGCCGCCGUCGAUAAGGGAACCAAAGAUGUGGAGAUGAAGGCCAGCGGGAAAAGCGCCCGUUUAAUGUUCUUCAAGUACAUGACCUACUUUGGCGGCCCAGGCUACGCCGUAUUCUGCAUGUUCCUGAUGCUCCUCUCCCAGCUCUCCGUCAUGGGCGGCACCCUCUGGCUCUCGGUCUGGGUAGACGCCUACGACAGGCAGACGGCCGUCGACAUCGCCUUCUACCUCGGCAUCUACGCCGCCGUCACCGUCACCGAGUCGGUCCUCUACGCCGCCGUCUUCCUCGUCUUCGAGAACGGCGCCUGGCACGCCGCCCGCAAGCUGCACAACGACUUCAUCCGCGCCGUCAUGCGCGUCUCCCUGAGCUGGUACAAGAAGACGCCCGUCGGCCGCAUCAUCAACCGCUUCUCGAGCGACAUGUCCUCGCUCGACCUCAGCGUCAGCCCGCAGCUCCGCGCCUUUCUCGAGAGCUCCUUGGCGCUCGUCAUCCGCAUCUUCGCCAUCAGCUCCAUCAUGCCGAUUUUCAUCGUGCCGGCCGCCGUCGCGUCCACGUGCGGCCUCGUUGUCGGCGAGAUCUACACCCGCACCGCCGUCACCAUCAAGCGCCUCGUCGCGAGCUCGCAGUCGCCCAUCUUUUCGCAGUUUGCGGACACCCUCGCGGGUCUGCCGAUUAUUCGCGCGCGGGCCGGGAUGCCGGAUACCUUUGGCGACAACCUCGCAGACAAGCUCCGUGUUUGGUCUCGAGCGGCGGAGGCGCACUUUAACUGCAAUCGGUGGGUCGCGAUGCGCGUCGAUGUCAUCACGGCCCUGGUCGGCUUGAGCGCGGGUAUCAUUGCCGUGUCCAAGGCCGGUCUUGUGGGUGCCGGUCUGGUGGGUUUCUCGCUGCACAAUGCGACCGGUUUGAGUCAGACUAUCCUAGGUCUCGUCCGGAGUAUGAACGAUCUCGAGGUUGAGCUGCAAAGUUUCGUACGUAUCAAGGAAUACGCCGGCCUCGACACCGAAGAAAAGGACGACGAAUCCUACCCGGAAGAAGGCCAAGUCGAAUACACCGACACCCCAACCCACGUCAUCCCCAAGUCCUGGCCCGCGACGGGCGAAAUCGAGUUCCGCAACGUCACCAUCCGCUACGACCAAGACGGGCCCAACAUCCUCACGGACGUCAACCUCAAAUUCCGCGCCGGCGAGCGCGUCGCCAUCGUCGGCCGCACCGGCAGCGGCAAAUCCACGCUCGUCCUCUCCCUCCUGCGCUUCACGCACAUCGUCUCCGGACAGAUUCUCUACGACGGCAUCGACAUCACCAAGAUCCCGCGCCGCCGCCUCCGCGAGGCGUUGACGAUUAUCCCGCAGGAGGCCGUGCUCUUCAACGGCACGCUGAGGACGAACCUCGACCCGACGGGCAAGAUUGCCGAGCCGAAAGAAGCCUUUGCUUGUGUUUCGUAA